AUGAUAUCUCGUCUUUUUUUGCUGUCCAUUUUUCUUGGCCUUUUCAUCUCUGAAAACGCUGCAGUAUAUGUGUGCCCAGGUGUUAAAAGAGUCUCAGACUCUGAUGUUCGGGCAAGAGCAGAUGCAAUAUACGCACUGGGUGAAAGUCUAGAUAGUCAAAGAGCUGGACAAAGAGAAUAUGGAGGCAUCAAGUUCAUUGGUAGGAAAGGCAGUGGAUAUUUUGCUUACGAAGGUGUCCUUGAUCCUCAUGAACGAUCAGAUAAAGUAUACAAAGUUCAAGUGGAACAUCCAUCACAAGAGGCAUUCUUACUAGAGAUUACACAAGGUUCAGGUUCAAGUACAGGGGUCAAUUGUGGCCAUUAUCCUGGAGCGUAA